AUGGUUGAUUACCAGCCAAUCAAAUACCCUUGGUCAGCAUAUAAAGAUAGAUCUUACAAACCAACGGAAGUUGUUAAUAAUGAUCUUUCGGGCUCACGAACAAAGAUGGAAGAGCUCAAUGAUUCAACCACUGAGACGGUUUCAAUGAAUGAGCAGGAAGAUUUAUCGCCAUUCAGGGCUAGAAAAAACUCACUUAUACCAAAAGAACUUAUGGCUAAUAGUAGCGCGGAAGGUUGUAGAGAAUAUGCUGCCUUGGCGACAGUUUUCGGUGUUCCUGAGUAUGUAGAUUCCAAAAUAUUCUGGGAGCGGCAACAGUAUCAGACAGAGGAACUUUUGCAGAAGUUACGGCCAACUUCACCUACAAAAAUUUCAGAAAACAAGAAUCAGAAAGGCAGAUCUACACAAAAGCUCAGCCAACAGCAACUGCAGCAGCAGGAACGAAGAAGUUCGACCCUAUAUUUCAAUUCAAUGACCGAAGGCAGAAAUGGUACAUCUACCAGUUAUGAACUCCAAGACAGGCGCUUUAUUUCGUCUUACGUAAAUUCUGCUUUUGAUCCUGUGCGACUCGAUAGUCUUCUCGAGACGACUUUUCCGAAUAAGGACGAACCAGUACCUACAUCUACAAUUAGUUUUGCUUUACCGAAAAUACCAACUGUGAGUAAUUUUGGCGACUUUUACUAUGAAGAGACAAGCAUCGACAACGGAGACACUCAUAAUUCGCAAAUAACAAUACCUGCGAAGAAACCAAGUACAGAGAACUUUUAUACCAGUUGUCUAACUUUAUUACAGCAGACAAGUAUACUGGACGAGAAUAAUGGUGAAGAGUCAUCUAGUACGGUAUCAAAGGAGCGCAUUCUGAUUGGUAUCCCUGAAGUUUUCGAUUUUAUUCACAACGAUAAUGACGAAAGAUUUAUAAUCUGGGGACCCGAUCCUAUCUCUCUGUCGUCCUCAAUGGCCACAAUAACUGUUCCUGAACGCCUAUCAUCUUACGCCACCGUGUACAAUAAUCAACACAAUACGCGCCCUGCAUUACAAGGAUUCUCGUCCAACGUUACUUCAGUUUUAUCAGAUGAACAAGAAAGUGCAUCACAUCUGCAGCACAUUAAAAAAUCCGAGAAGAAUAGAUUGAGCACUAACUCCAUGCGUAUGUCAGCCCAAAAGUGGGCAAAAACCUUAAGCAGAUUAAGCAUAUCAUCAAGAGCACGUGAAUCGCACGAUAAAAAAGCGCUGGAAAGUCAAGCACAAGCUUCGUUGUUUUUAGAGAAGGCUUUAAGCACGAUUAAGUUUCAAGACAAUCCAGCCAGCAACAAACGUGGCUCUACCUACAAUAUCGAUUGCUUAAAUAUUCCGAAAGUUAUUGAGGCAGCCAGUGUUUAUAAGUUAGUUGAAAAAUUAACGAAUUCUUUGGAUUAUACUUUCAUGACAGAUUUCUUUCUUACAUAUCGAGACUUUUUGUUUCCGGAAGAUUUAUGCCGAUUGUUGAUUCUAAGGUUUUAUUGGGCUCUGCAAACAGAUGAGGAAAGUCGAAAAGUUGUUCGAGUCAGAUCCUUCAUAGUAUUCCGACAUUGGCUAAACAAUUACUUUGUUCAUGAUUUCAUUGGUAAUCAGCGUCUUCGUAUUUUGCUGGUCAGUUUUCUCAACGAACUACCUCAACAUCCACUCAUCCAUAAAUCUCCACGCGAUCAGCGCAUUGUCAAAAUGUUGAAGCGUGUUGUACGACGUUUGAAGAGACUGUACUACCAUCAACCUAUCAGCAACAGCGAUAAAGAUGCGCGUGUUAAGGUGAUUGCUCCCCCUCCGCCUACAGUCGAACAAAUACAAAUUGAAGAUAUUGUACGUGAGAAACUCUCUUAUCAAAACGUUAUUCAUCAUAAGGCUAGCUUUGGCGCCUCUGAUAAAAUGAAGAUCAGUGCUAGUCAUCAUCACGGAAAUAUGGCCAUUCAAGAUGCCAGAUAUGCUUCGGUUGUUAUAGUUGGAAGCUUAAAGGUCAAAGGUGGCAGUUUUAUUGAUUCAGGCGUGGAUACUAUAGGAAGUCAAUUUGGAAAACCCUCCUUUUUUAAUCCUCAGAAAUUGCAAGGUGUUAAUGGCAAUAAAAUCGUUGAAAGCCCACUAGUAGGCAGCAAUCAACCGUCUUCUUCAUUAAGCUACAAUCACUCCAACUUGAUCGACAAUCAGUCUCAAGAAAAGGGUGAAGAAACACAGUACAAUACUAUCGGUGUGCAGUAUGAUCAAAAGUCAGAUACUGACCACUCAUUGCUAAGUGAUUUAACAGCAGGCGAAACUCUUACCCGUUACGACGAUAAUAACUCUAUGGGACCAGACAUUGGCAAUUUAAGUGACGAUGAAAUGGAUUAUGAAGGGAUUGCCAAAAAUGACGAACUUGAAGUGCAUUGGUUAAAAGAGCAACAAGAAACAAUAAAGUUCUUUCAUCCAUCGAACCAGACAACUAUGCAUAAAAACUGUAUCUCAUCGUUACAAGCGGAUGACACUGAAUCCCAUCUAACAAUUGCAGAAACAGAUAUACCACGUCCAACCGGAAAACUUGAACCAGGGAACAACAGCUAUGAAGCAACCGCAGAAUCACCAAAUAUCAACACUGCUGCAGUCAUUUCAGUAGAAAAUUUGGAAAACAUCUCAUGUAGUAAAAGUAUUAGACGUGUACCGUCAGAACGCUGGUGUAAAACAGGUGAUGACUAUCUGCAAAAUGAUGAGCAUAAAGCAAUUGCUGGUCAAUGCUUGCCGCAAGAGCUAUUGAAAAAAUUGCAACUGAAUGAGGCUGAAAAUGCAGUCUCUUCAGGCAUCUCCCACGGAUUAGCAAAGAAGCUAUCACGUAAAAGUAUUGAACGUAGAAAAAGUGAAAAAACUAUACUAAGUACAGGUUCUUUGAACCUUAAUUCGGAAGUAGCUUCGACAACCGCCUCAGUACAGUCGGAAACUUCUUUAGCGGUACAUAAUCAAAGACCCAAAGUGUCUUCUUCUAUUACAGAAUCAAGGCAACUCAAGUCAGAUAAAUCAAGAAUGAAGAGCUUAUCCAGAGGACUAUUAAAAAGGAAAGGCAACAAAAUAGCAACAAAGAAUAGAGCGGCUAAUAAAUAUACAAAAUUGUUUGUAUCGAUACCGUACGAAGUGAAGACGGAAAUUAAUCCAUCUUCAACGACUACGAUGUCGCCAAAGGAACAAAAAGAGAAAAGUUCUGCAAAUAUAAGCGAAAAAUACGAUAGCAAUAAUCGAGAAUCGGUAGAAACUAAAAUAUUACCGCAAACUCGUAGACAACAAUCAGAAAAUGGUCAACUCUUAAGCCUUAUAGCUCAUCGUUUACGCCAUAAUAGCUUCGAUGACGAUGGAAACAUUGAUACCAGCUCUUGUGCUUGUAUUGAUUGCAUUAGUAACAACGAUGACAUAACAUGUGAUACAAAGAGAUUAAGCAUUUUUUUGUUAAAUGACGAUGAACGUCGAUACAGCGUAGAGCUGCGGAGAAAACGUGCAACUAGCGUAGAGAUUGAUCAACGAAUCGAAAAAAAUCAAUUUAACUCAAGCAUACACGAAGGAAACGAAGAAGAAACUAGAGUAGAAUCAGAUGGUAGUAAUACAAUUAAGAGAGGUGUAUGUGAUGAUGACAGUGCUAUGGAUCUGGAAUCAGCUAUACACAGAGAGCUUUCGAUCGAACAGAAUGAUUUGUUGGUGGAGAUAAACUCUCAAAAUAGCCACAAGCAAACCACCGAACAAAUGUAUAAUACCGUAAACGAAAGCAUAACAGAGCAUCAAAAAAAUUUAAAUGAUCAAACAACUCAAAGCUGUUAUUCUAUUCCGCGUCCUCUAUUAUCUACCAGCUCUUACCAUAACAAUAACAGUCGUUCAUUCAUAAUGGAUUAUAAAACGAAUCAACUGGCAAGCCAGUUCUGCCUGAUCGAAAGGGAUGUUCUUAUUAAGGUUGGAUGGGAAGAAUUGAUUCACUGCAAAUGGACACAGAUGGACGUAGAUAAUAAGGUCAAUAGGAACAGCACGUCAGGCAACAAUAUACUUCCAUUUAGCAAUGAGAUUGAGGAGCAUAUUCCGAAUUUUACCGUUUUAACUGAGAAGAAACGUGCAUCUGACCAAGGAGUCGAGAAAGUGAUUCAACGUUUCAACUUUGUUUGUCAGUGGGUUUCUUCAGAAAUCGUGCGUACUGAAAAUAUCAACGAACGGGUGAAACUGAUCGAAAAGUUUAUACGGUUAGCACAGAAAUGUAAACUGUAUUCAAAUUAUGCAACGCUUGUACAAAUUCUAUUAGGCUUACAGUCUCCAGCAGUAGCUCGCUUAGAAAAGACAUGGUCAAAAGUGAGCGCAAAAUGUCAAAAGCGUUUAGAGCAAUUGACUGAAUUCACGUCUCCCAUACGAAAUUGGAAGAAUAUUCGAGAUAGUAUGACAGAAGUGGCAGAGGAAUAUGGAAACUCUCCUUCAGAAGUACAGGUCGAAAUGCCCGGAACAACCUCUGCUAAACGCAAAUUCAAGAAAUCAGCCAGGAUUAAGAUUCCAUUUGGGGGUUGCAUUCCGUUCUUAGGUAUAUAUCUUUCAGACCUUGUCUUCAAUUCUGAAAAUCCCCGGUUUUUGAAACCGAACUUGGAGAAUCAAAAAAUUUACACCACUAACAGCAAAGUAGGUUUGCCACCCUGCUUAGACCAGCAGCUAGUUAAUUUCAGAAAGUAUAGAGUCAUUGCUACAGUGAUUAAAAGGGUUCUUACAUUCCAAAAUUUGGCGAUGCGUUAUGCUUUCGAUGAAGACGAGGUUCUGCUUGAAAAAUGUCGAAAAUUACACGUCCUAGAUGCUGUUACAAUAAAAGAGCUGAGUGUAUCAUUGAAAUAG